AUGAAGACGCCAUCCACGACGACCCGCAGCGCAGCCCGCGAGCGCCAGCUCCUCGCCGACCGCCUCUCCAAGCGCAAGGCUCGCCUUGCGUACGUCGCCGAGCGUAAUUUGCUGCAGAGUGCGAUCGAGGCCCUCACGCUUCGGUAUUUUGCCAUCAAGGGCACGCUGCUCCCUUGGCGCGACAUUGCGCUCGCUCUGCGCGAGACGUCGGAGGGGAGCCUGCUCGAGAACCACGCGCUGCACAUAGAGGUGACCAAGGCAGAUGUCCUUGUCCAGCGAUUGCGCCGGUGGUUUCAGACCAUGGAGACGCCCGAGCGACUUCCCGGAUACUUGUCGCGCGGCGCGUCGCUCGACGUGACAUUGGUUGCCGAGGCGUCGACGCGCCAACUGGGCUACGACUGGGUCGCCAAGCAGCUCUACCACGGCACGUCGGCGCAGUUGAGCCCGCGGCUUUUUCCAUGCGUGUACGAAGACUCGAUCAAGGUCGAGUGGGGCGUCCGAGGGCGCAAGCUCGUGGUUCAGAAGGUCAUUCAAGCCAGCCAAGAGGUCGUUGCCAAGGCGCUCUGGGCAGCCAAUUGUGCGUCGGCGACCGAAGCCUUUCCGAUUCCGGGCAUUCAAUGCGGCGGCAUGCAGGUGCUGCACGACGAGGUAACGUCGUCGGAGCGCUGCAGCUAUGUCUUGGAGACCUCGGGUGAAAUACAUGACCACUGUUUAAAGGUCUUCCACAAGCGGUUCAAGGACGACGACCGCAUCAUCAUUGCGUACCGCACCAUCUCGCUCGACGAGGCCCACCCUGGCCCCCGCGACCCGGAAGAAUACCAAGAAUGGAAUGAGAUCCGGCGCAUCUCGGCCAACUCGUGCUUGGUUCGCACCGUUAACCAUCUCGAGCCGCGGCAGGCAUUUGCGUCCGUUUUGGACUAUGUCGAGACUCUAUACCCAAAGCUGUACCACCGCUGCGUGGCCGAGUACGCGACGCAACUCGCUGACGCAUCGUCACUCGAACAGUACAUGAAUCGUUUCCUACUGCAGCGGGCCGCGUGGAUCGCCACCGAUCACUUUGAACACUUGGACCGAACCGUCGAUAGCGUGCUGGCACAACCCGAUUGCUUUCACUACUAG